ACAUUUAAAAGCGCGUAUUACAUUUUGGCCAAAAAUAAAGAAUUAAAGAUUUUUUCCUUCAACACUCUGGCAACACUCACAGUCACGGCAGUAUAACGCUAUACGCAUUGCGGAUCGCUCGCGUGCCGCAGUGCCUUCACAAUGUUUACAAAACGCACUGUGAUAUAAUUUCAAACCCAGCAAAACAUUCACUUAAAACAGAGGGAAAAUCAUGUGAAAUUAAAUGUGGUCGAUAAGACGCAGACUGAAGCACAUGGUGCCGGCGCGGUGCUCGGGCGUGCGCCGGCGCACCCUGCUCGCAUUCCUGGCGCUGGCGGCUCUGGCAUUGCUGGCGUUGAGCUCCGGAGGCACCCGGCUCAAUCGAGAGGAGGAGAUGGAGGCACGCCUGGCCCAGAUGCAGGCUCAUCUCCAGUUUUUGGACACCCUGUAUCGCGCCAGACAGGUUGAGGUUAUGCAUAUGCAGUCCAAGCUGAUAGACUUCGGCAUUGCAGAGCAAUCAGAGAAAAUCAUCGGCCCGAGCACUACAAUGACUCCUGAGGUGGUCCAACUACUCAAGAACCUCACUGGUACCAAAGCAGCGUCCGGCGUGGACCCAAAGAACCUGCAGCCCCAAACUCUCCCCUUCAUCUACCAGCUCAUGCCGCACCUCUUAGACGAUGCCUACAGCCUCAGACCGGCGUACCACAUGAGGGGCUCGCGCCAGUUGGUGCAAGUGGUUAUCGGCAUACCGACGGUGAAGCGGGAUAAGGAGAGCUACCUCUUGGUUACUUUGACACACCUGAUCACCGGGAUGACCGAGGGCGACCUCGACGAGACAGUCAUCAUCGUGAUGGUGGGCGAGGCGGACUUGGAGUUCGUCAUCAACACGGCGAAGCAAAUCGAGACGAUGUUCCCAAAAGAAGUUGAAAGCGGUCUCAUCGAAGUGAUCUCUCCAUCUCCCUCUUACUACCCAGAUUUCGACAGCAUCGAGCCUACUCUAGGGGAUUCCUCCAAGAGAAUGAGAUGGAGAACUAAACAGAACCUGGACACGAUCUUCUUGAUGGCGUAUGCGCAGAGUAGGGGGACCUUCUAUCUUAUGCUGGAAGACGAUGUUAUUGCUAAGAAGAAUUAUAUGCAGGAUAUAAAAUACUUCGCCGCCACCACCACCAUUAAGACACCUCAAUGGUUCUUCAUAGAGUACUGCGUGUUCGGCGGCAUCGGCAAGCUGUUCCGGUCCGCUGACCUCGUCCACUUCAUCACAUACGUCCAGCUCUUUUACACCAACAUGCCUAUUGACUGGCUUCUUGAAAGCUAUUUGGCUGAUAAAGUUUGCAGUAUCUAUAAGACUUCGAAAGAAUGUGCGAAAAGCAAGACGGACAUACGGCCAAAGUACAAGUCUUCUCUGUUCCAGCAUAUUGGACUGUAUUCUUCAUUGAAAGGAAAAAUACAGAAAGUACAGCACUCCCACUACGGCAAGCUCCCAGGAUUCUAUCCCCACGAGAACCCCCCUCUAGAAAGCAUCCACAAUGACAUAGAAGAAAAGGCGGACCACACCAUCAGGAGGGCGUAUAAUGGGGAGACGUUCUUCUGGGGUCUGAAGCCAAAGAAGGGAGACGUUAUCGAGUUCGUGUUUCAGAAGCCGAUUAUGCUAGAGAGAUAUACAUUCCGUAGCGGCAACGUAGACCACGCAUCAGACAAGUUCUACGACACCUACGUCGAGGUCCAGCCCGUGGCCGGCAACUACUCUGUGGUUGAUAGCUUCGACGAGUUUGGCUUGGCCGAUGGCUCCCUCAAGAGGGACUGGGGGCCUCUUAACGCGAUCAGAUUAAGAGUGAACCGCGACAGUACCUUUUGGGUCAUUCUCAGUGAGAUCGAAUUAAAGCCGUACGACCAGGAAGACAGCUGACGCAAGCCCAACCCGUGGCUACGCCUGGUACAGCAGAUGAAGAAGACCAAAAGGCAUCCGCCUCGCUUGAAAUCACAAUAACGCACUCGUUACUGCAUCACUACUAUAGUUGAUUCAAACGCUCGCUGCACGAGAAUACGUAGUGUGCUCUCUGUCACACUUACAUGCGGCGGGCGGCGUCCUGUCUCUUUUUUAAUUGCUUUGCAUGCAGCGAGGUAACGCUAAGGACCUAUUUAACCUAACAUGUUCACUUAAGAGGCUGUCAAUACCUAAAGCGCGCACACUGUCUAUUUGUAUCGGAGUAAAUGAGAUAGCACUGUCGCAUGUUACUGGGCCUGGGCAAGGGAAUAAUAAGAAAAAUAUUUAAAUAAAAAAAAGUGGAUUAUUAGUGUAAUAUUUUACUCAACCACGGUUUAGAUAUAAAUGUUUUGAAAUUGUGAUUUUAAUUGCAGACCCAUAAGUCAAAACAAUAAAGACAUAGAACCGUUUAAUUGUGAUUUUAAGACCAAUCUUUGCAAUUAUUUUCUAUCAAGCCGAUUUCGUUCAAUCAUGUAUCGAGUACAACCACGGUCUUUUAAAUAUAAUUAAUAUGAACAUAUAUUUUUCUUACUUGACUAAAACAAAUAGUCUUUCUUAAAAAACUGUUUAAGUAACAUCAAUUUCAAGGACAUUGGGUGUUGACAGCCUCUUAAACUUAAAGGGAUGUCUAGAAUUUUGAGAUAAGAGGGAUUAACAGGCCAUUUCCAAUAAUAUAAUGUGAUACUGAUCUAAUAUUAUUCCAAUAUGUGACGGUUCCCAUCUCCUUUAGAGGAUCUGCUGAAUUGCGCAUUAUGACAACCUUUAACCAAAAACGUCACUUUUGACUGCUGACAAAAAUGUACUACGUACUAGAAAGGCUAUCGAGAACAAAUUGUGUCCGCCAUUAUCGGUAUUGACGUCUGUCACUAAGCUAAAGAAUAAGCAUAGGUGGCCAGAGGCAAAACUGUUAUGACAACUGUUCAAUUUCUGCCUACAUACGCACUGUAAAGAAUCUAAAUAAAAUGUAUUUGUUUCCUUACAAGUGUAUUCAAAUUGUUUUACACGUGACACUGACAACAUUAAAAUUUAUAAAAAUAGUCAUUAAACGUAGCAUAAUAUACUUUUUGAAUUUAAGAAAAACGCUACAAAAAAAAUACGAGAUAAAGAGUAAUAUAUCAUUAUUGUGUAUUAUAUUCUGCAAACAAUAAGAUAAGUGUUAUAUCUGCGAAAUGUAAUCUAUGCGCCAAAGAAAAUGGCGUACCUAGGCGUACCACCGCGAGUGUAGAAAGUGACGUUUCAAAAUAAUCGAAAUGAGCUUAAAACAAGUGUUUUUUUUGCAGUAUAUUGUUAUUGUAUUGCGUUUAUUAUGUUUUUUGAUAUUGUUCAAAUACAUUUUCAUAACGCACAAUAGCAAUUUUAAUUUUUAUAAUUUUUUAAAUUUUGUUACAUGCGUGGCAUCUCGCCAGUAGUCGGAGACGUACUAAACGCAAUGAAGUGCCGGCACUUCAUUGAGGUGCGGAAACAUUUUGUUAGAGAUGCCGACUCUAGUACUAUACCUCAAUGCUUUUGACUGAUAGAUCAGUAUCAGACCAGUAUCAUAUUGGAAUGAGAUUCAAUAACUAACCUCGAAUUGGCCUGUAGUUUUGUAUAAUGUGGAUAUUGAAUUUUCAAAGUGGUAAAGGAUCCCUUAAAAAAACUGAAAUGACACUAGGUACCUAAUACGCACCGGUUAAACGUAUCACUAUUAUUUUUUAUUUAAACAUCGAUAAAUGUAGACACUACGAACUAUGGGUACUGAGGGCCUACCGCGAACCACGUUCGACGUGUUGCCUCUCUGUCGCACUUGUAAAUACGAACUUAAGUGUAACAGGGAGACAGCGGUAGGCCCUCUGGUGUAAUCACUCACAGGAAAGGGGAUGGCCGCUUCUCCAUUCAAACGUGACAUUGUGGAAAAUAUUUUUGCAUUAUUUGAUGUAUAUUAAUUAACUAUAGCUUUGACGACCGGUCUGGCCUAGUGGGUAGUGAUCCUGCCUAUGAAGCCGAUGGUCCCGGGUUCAAAUCCUGGUAAGGACAUUUAUUCGGGUGAUGAGCAAUGGAUAUUUGUUCCUGAGUCAUGGAUGUUUUCUAUGUAUUUAAGUAUUUAUAAAUAUUUAUAUAUUAUAUAUAUCGUUGUCUAAGUACCCUCAACACAAGCCUUAUUGAGCUUACUGUGGGACUUAGUCAAUUUGUGUAAUAAUGUCCUAUAAUAUUUAUUUAUUUAUUUAAAAAAAAUAGCUAUGCCCCUACGUUCGACUUUUCUCCAAAUUUGGAGCAAAAAAAUGAUUACAUACAAAUAUUGAAAUACUUUUAACUCUUAUAAUAAUUUAAAAUUCGAAGAAACUCAAACGAAUGGGCUUAGCUGUGGUUGAUAUACAACAAAUUGUGUGAAAAUAUUUUCAGUAAUGUUUGUAUCCAGAGAGAAAAAUGUGGACUACAUAUAUGUAUGAAAAGGCGCAAAAUUGAUCAAGGUAUCAUAUAAUUUUAUAUUUUAUAGAAAUGGAGCUGGAAAUCUCUAGGUGUAAAUUAAGUUGUCAGCAAAAUGGAAUUGUUGGAAUAUGCAGACCUACAGCCAAAGAGAAUUUGAAAUAGAGGUGGAUUGUCAAAGGAAUCUUUGUAGUAAAUUUACUGCCAUAUUUCGACACAUGAUUAAAACUUUUAGAACGCCAUUUAACUUUGAUCCUUAUUCUUUCACUGAUAUGUGUUAAAUAUGUAUAAAUAUCAAAAAUUGGCGCCAUCUAAUAGAUCAAAGGCCAAAAGUGAAAACGAUGCCGCCAUAACCUUUGGGUUAUGCCCGAUGAGAUGGCGCCACUUUUUGAUAUUUAACAAAUUUAACACAUCAAGAUCAAAGUCAAAUGGCGUUCUAAAAGUUUUUAUCAUGUGUCGAAAGAUGGCAGUAAAUUUACUGUGGCUACAAAGUUUUCUUUGACAAUCCAACUCUAUUUCAAAUUCUCUUUGCUUUAAUAUAGUCAGUUUUAUAUAGCAUUAGAAAAAACGUAAACAAUCUUGACAUGUCUAUUUAUUCGAAAACUUUUUUUAAAAAUCAGUAACCGUUACUUAUGAAAACAAAAUAAUGUAAAUGAUCGUAUUUGAUUCAUAAUUGUUACAAAUUUGCCGUGACUUAUUUUUUUAAACCGUUUUCCAUUAAAAAGACACGUCAGAAACGCUUACCUUCUUUGUAAUGCUAUAGGGAGCGUGCAUGAACUGUAGGAGGCAGCACAGGAGCCGUCAGAUUUUUGGCGCGAGUCGUAAAUGUGAUGUUUUUUGUUCCGAUGUAGCCCACAAGAUGGCAGAACCUACUAUGCACAAGAAAACACGUGACGUGUACUUGUGCAUGCUUAUGGUUUCGAUUCAGGCCACAAAAUGGCAGGCCCUCUAACGCGCACGGUCCCUAUAAAACGGACUAUAAAUGUUGACUUAUUGACAUACAUAUAUUAUUUGUCAUGAAAUGGAAUUACAAGAUAUACUUAUGAAGCCAGUACUUAUAACACAGCGCAAACUUAUUUUUGCUUGCAUUUUAGUGCAUUUUUUUUAAAUAACCGUCCAUUUUUGGAAAUAAUUUUAUAUUUUGGUUUUAUGUUUUUUUAUAAUAAAUCGAUGGCCAUUUUAUUUGUGUAGCCUUAAACAAAAACAAAAAAACUAAAUAUAUCCUUAAGUCAAAUACCUGUAUUAGAAUUCUGUUAAGAAAAAAAAGGUGGUAUUAUUAUUAUUAAUAAUCCUUCGAUGUUGAAUAUAAUAUAUGUACCUAUUUACAUUCCUUUACUUCUCUACUGUACUUACACGCAUUUAUAAAAUGCUUAUAUUUAAAUUUUAUUGAUUAUUUACGUAGAUACUUACAUUUCUGGAUGUUGUUUCUUAAGAUGUUUAGGAUAAAUUAACCUUUUGAACGCCAAGAACACCUAAAGUCGUCGUUACUUUUGCCCACAGCGCCAAGGACAACUAUAGGUGUUAUGGCGUACGCUGUAAAAGUGACCUUGAUACUUUCAAUUAAGGUGUACAUUAGCUCGCUUGCGCCCGUCACCUUGGCGUGCAAGUGACGUUUUUGUUUAUAUAAAGCGUUCAAAAGGUUAAUUAAAAAAAUGUAUGGUUUUCUAUGCUGCCAAAAAUGGUUAUAGUUCGCUUGUUAUUAACAUAUUUAUACUGAAUAUAACAUAAAAAAUAUGACGUAGUGUAGCUUUUUGUAUAAGAUGAAAUUUUGUGUUUAAUUUUUUUCAUGUAAAAUUUAAUUUACAUCUAGAAAGUUAUACAAGAGCAAAGAAGUCUCGUUUUUUUAUUUAUUUAAUGGAAAACAUAGAUACAAGCGGGACAGAGUGGUCAGAAACAAGGCAACGAAAAUAAUUCAGACCCGUGUGAUGCAUGUGAGAAUAUGGUCGAUAUAAAAUCGUAUCAAUAAUAAAGGUUCCUUACUGUCCAUAUUACAUGUAAAUAUCACAAAUAACUAUUUCGUUAUAUAAAUUAAACUAAAAUUUGUCUCAAGGGUUCAAGACGUGGUAAAGGCAUUUAUUUGCGUGUUCAUCACAAAUGUUUCCUAAGUUAUGCAGGUUUUCUAUGUAUUUAAGUAUUUAUCUAUAUCUAUCUAUUAUAUGUAUCGUCGUAGCACACACAGUACAUACAAGCCUUCUUUGUCUUACUUUAGGACUAGGUCGUUUUGCGUAAAAUUGCCCCAUAAUAUUUAUUUCAUGUUUGUUUUUGCCGGUUUUACAUAAAUUCGUGGUUAAUUUAGCUUUGCAAUUUCCUGCUUUACGUACUAAAUUUAGAACAAAAUUAAGUCGAUAUUGAACUUUUUAAUAUACUGGCCUUUGCCAUUGUUUGACCAUAUAUGUACUAGUAUUUUUAGUUUCCCUAUGUUAUAUCAAAGAGAAUUUGAAAUAGAGGUGGAUUGUCAAAGUAAACUUUGUAGCCACAGUAAAUUUACUGCCAUCUUUCGACACAUGAUUAAAACUUUUAGAACGCCAUUUUUAAAACGUAUAGUGUGUGUAACUGAAUCGUCAAUAACAUACAUUUAUUUGUUCCAAAUUUGGAUAAUAUUGUACUUAUUCUGCUCAGUAUGAGGAUCUCUUCAAACAUACUAAAUUUUACUAAAAUCGUAAUUUUAAAAAAUACGACAAUUCAAUUCAUUGCCCAUUUACCUUCCACUCCAAUUUUAUUUCUUGACCAUAAUUUUACAUGAUAUGUUGUUAACCUUUGUGCCGCCAUUGACUUGAUAUGAAGUCAGAACAUUUCGUGCCCCACACGCCACGACUUCAUAUCAAGUCGUGGUUUUGGUCAGGUUUGUACACGUGCAAUUUUUGACGUGGCGUUGAUGACACUUUAUUACUUCAUUGACGUGGCGGCGAAAAGGUAGACUCUGUCACUUCGCGCGACAGAAAAUGAAUUCCGAAUUCCGAUAAAAAUGUUUUGGAGUUUUAUAUUAUGUUGUGCUUCCCGAUAUUAGAUAUUAAGUAAAAGAACAAAAUACAUCACCAAAGCCAAUCUCAUUUUUGUUUAUUUGUGAGUUAUAUUUAAGUUUAGGUUAUAUAACUAUUGUUGAUAAGAUAACAGUGUGAAUAAUAUUAGAUGUAGGUAUGAAAUUUGGAGUCAAUUGGUGCUGAAACUAGAUUUAAGAAAACACGAAGUUUAAAAAUGCCUUAAAAGUAUUUAACUUAAGAGAUUUUUACAAAGAAUACGCUUUGUGCCAUGAACUAAAACUGUUUACAUUAUUUAUUGUAUUGAGCGCUUUUUUAUUGCCACAAAUGUUUUAAUGUUUUUCUUUUAUUUGUAAAAAUCUCUUAAAGUAAACGGAACAGGCUCUCCUUCAUAUGUGAGGCAAAGGUAUUAAUUGGCAUAUUAUUUCUUUGUCGUAAAGUGUAACACGAAUUAUAUAUAUUGAUGAUCAUAUGCAUAGCCGUUACACAGGGGAAUCAAUUGAAUUUCAUUAUUUUUAUUGACCCUUAUAUUAGGUCAGCCGUGCAAAAGCUGCGUCACCAUAUGAAGUAUCCGAGCUGUACCAAAGUACUCAAAAGUAAGCAUGCAUUGCGUCUUAUUUUUGAGCGACUUGGUCGCUUGGAUAUUGAAGGCAGUGUAUACAGAUGAUCUCGUCACUUGCUGACUUUACGCCCUUUCUCAAAAUACACAUCCAGCGAAUUUAGCGAGUGCGCAUGCAUGCUUGCUGUAGAUUACGCGCUUUAUGCGAUUCUUAAAUGAGUUGCGCUAACCAGGCGCGCAAUCUAAAGUAAACAUGCGUGCGCGCUCGCGGCGCAUUCGCUAGACUGAAGAGCCUACCGUGAAAAAGGAAAAUCGUUAUCGUUUCGUUCCCUCUAUCCCUCGAAUAUGCAAGAGCGAAAGAGAGGCUGCUAGAGUUAGACCAAGACAAGUCUGCAACGAUUUGAUAGCACACGCAGUGCAAGUGUUAUUUAUACGUCAUAAUUUCGUUGAAGUUUGACGUUUAAAAUAACACUUGUACUGCGUGUAACUAUCAAAAUCGUUGUUGACUUUUCUUGGUCUGACUUUAACGUAAUUUAAAUUUUCGUUUUUCAGUAGGCCUUCAAAGGGCCUAGCGCGAACUACUUCAUUCGUUCCUUCAUCUAUUUGCCUCUCUAUCGCUCGAAUAUGCAAGUGAUAGAGAGCGAAUUUAGAUUGUCGGGAUGUCUCCUCUGAGCACCUAGCUAGUCAAUCGCUUCUUUUUUUUCUUAUUAGUGCAACAGUGCCAGUUGCGUUUCGUUCGCUACGGAGCGUCAUUGGCAUAUUGACUACGCACCCUGAACGUAUCUUUACGUGAGUAUAAAUUAGACGUAUCUAAAACCUGUAAAAUGCCUUGUGUCAAUAAUGUAUAGUACUUAAGUUUGUAAGUGUUGUUAAUUAUUGUAAAAUACAUAUUUAUAUUAGACACCGGGUGAUGUUUUAAGAGUAUGAGAAUUGAAUUGAAUUAUUAUUUGUCUGUCAAUAAACCAAAGUUCUUAUAGGCAUUAUGGAAUAUAAAUAGUUAUAAUGUAAGUGAUUAUGAAAGAGGUAUUGUUCAAGUAUUAUUUGCAGUACAUUAAACGUACAAACAUAUUAUUAAAUAUAAAAUCAUUAAAAGAAAGAAGCUUGUUAAAAUUGCCAUCUUCCUCGUAAGGCAAAUUUUUUAAGGACAUAUUAAAAACGAUCUUUUGAAUUAUUUUCAAAUAAUCAUUCGUUGUGACCGUAAAACAUCUAUAUUUAAUUUUAGAAAUGUAAGCUUGUAUUUUUAUUGUUUAUGCUGACAAAACCUAAUGUACGACGAAAAAAAACAAUUAAUAUAACGAUAUAUAAAUAUUCUCCUACUAUACCAGUAUCGGCCAAUAAUAUUUAUCGCUAUGUUUUUACGGUAUAACUUCCACCUCACUAAUUUAGGUAGUCUAGUGCCUUGUGCGAGCGAUAUGAAAAAUUGGUCUCACGUAAUAGUUUUUUCAUAGAGGUUUGUUGUUUUAAUGUAUGGUCAAUUUUUUUUUUACCGACCUCAAAAAAGGAGGAGUUAUGUUACUCGAUAUCUCCGAGAAUCGUGAACUGAUUUUCAAAUAGUUUUUUUAAUCAUACGGGUAUAACCCCGAGAUAGUCCCGUUGGCACCAAGUCGGGGUCUGAUGAUGGGAUCUUGGAGAAAUCGGGGGCACUCUUCAAAUGUUAUAGGUAUAACUGCAAAUAUUUGAAAUCGGUUUUAUUUUUUGUUAAAAAGUUUUAUUCUUUAUUACUACAGUUUUUUUUUGUAAUAUGCUGAGUCUCCUAUUUUAAUUUUCAGUGUUUGAGUAUUCAUCAUAUAUUUGUAUAAAAUGACUAGUAAAAUAUGCAUUCUACAUACGAACCUAUAUUGUUUAUACACGUUCAUACAAAAACACACAAAUGUGAUAUAUUAUUAGCCGGUACUGUAUAUUAAGACAAUAUUUAGGAUAGUUCGGAAAUGGUUAUUUUAUGAUAUAAUAUAGGAGGAAAAUUUCGCGCCUACUUUUUUUUUUUAUACUUGAUAAAAUUCAUUUAUUGACAAUAACAAUAUACAUAAUGGAUAUAUACAGAUGAUUACUAUAACUAGCUUAUAUCUUAUAACUUUAUAUUAGGACGUCAGAUUUCAUUCCAGUGCUAAAUACAUAUCUCACAGAUUUAUUAUAAUUUAAAAGUUGCAUACCGAGAAUAGGAUAUUUCUUAUAACAGGCGUUAUUAGUCCCUCCUUAUUCCUUUUUUGUUUUCAAUAUUUUUUUGCCUUACGGGGGUGCCAAUGGAACAAUUUGAACUUAAACAUUCAAAUCAUUUUGAAUAAAAAUACUAACAUAGUUAAUCGUUCAAAUGUAUUUUUUUUUUUGUAUUUGUAUACUACGAUUAAAUAAACAUAGUUUUAACCUUUUCGCCGGCAUUAACUUGAUAUAAAGUCAGUACAUUUCGUGCCCCACACGCCACGACUUGAUAUCAAGAGGGCCUACCGCGAACCACGUUCGACGUGUUGCCUCUCUGUCGCACUCAUAAAUUCGUACGUAAGUGUGACAGGGAGGCAACACGUCGAACGUGGUUCGCGGUAGCUCCGCAAGUCGUGGUUUUGGUCAGGUUUGUACACGUGCAAUUUUUGACGUGGCGUUGAUGACACUUUAUUACUUCAUUGACGUGGCGGCGAAAAGGUUAAUCGUUUUGAUGGAAUCAGUCACUAAGUUUUUUGUAAUUAGUUGGUAUCUAAUUAUUGGUGUUUCAUUAUGCUUUAUAAUAAAUCUGUGCAUUUAUAAACAA